CGGGGAGUAGCGUAUAUUGCUGAGCAACGGAGGGGGAGAAGGCCCACGCGCACAGGCAGGGAGACUGAACAGCGGCAACGGCAGGGCAGGGCAAGGCUCUUACCGCACACACACACAUACACCUUCAACAGCAGCACUCACCGGAGAGGAGAAGGGUAAGUGACGAGUGAAUUUCACUUUUAAUACUAAUACAGUGUCAUAUUUAGGCGGAACCAACAUGAAGCUUUCGCUGGGUGGUCGACCGUUAAAAGCUCAUGAAGUUUGCGGCAGACAAAAAAAAGGGAAGAGUCGCUGCUCUGCUUUUCUGCUGCACAUCUAUUGAUGCCAAUGAGAGGAUUUUUAUGAUGAUAAAAACUACCUCGGUUAACACGGCUGACUCAAGAACUUCUCACGUUAAAAACAUCAACCUUUAUUCAAUUUAAUUUUCAUAUUUAGCAAUAAAAGCAGUAGAUAGAUGCCCUGUUAGGCUCAUGACGGCUAAACUGGUCUGACUCCUUGUGGGCUAACUGGAUGUGGUGGCUAGUGUUGUUUGCAGCAGCAUGACCAGCCUGCUCUGCGCUGCCUUUGUAUAUGGACACAACCUCGACACUCUCCUGCCUCUGUUAAAACACUAACCACGUUUUCCCUCUAUGCUAUCAUGAUUUGUCUUUGACCCGUUUUUAUUCCUCCCGAGUUGCAUCCUCCUACAACCACACGGAGGCUAUCGAGACAGGAUGCACAUCAAUGAAGGUCGGUCACAAUGGACGCUUUGUGUUUAUCUCGGUGGAGACACACUAACCUGAGGGUCCUCUUUGAAUCUAUUUAUAUUGUCUGAAGAAAGGAUUAAAACGAGGAGGCUUUCGCUCUUUACAUGUGAUUGCAGAGUUUUCCCCCGAUCUCGGACCCCCUCUCAUCUUCUGUUUGGGGGGCUUUGUUUUGAUGGGGCAGAUGUGGUUGGCCUACAUGCAUCCGCUCUCUUUGUUUUGAGUUGAUUUCUGCUGUCAUCAUCACAUAGAUGCACAACUUGAAAAUGUAAAACGUGAGCUAAAUUAAGUGCAUUAUUUAUAGAUAUUAAAGCAGAUUUGUUUGCAGGCUUAUUUGCCUCUUGCAAACAAAGCUGAUGUAUUUUUUUGCAUUUCCAGGCUGUCAUUAUUUUUCCAAGCAUAAGGGAUUUGACUGCUUGGCUGAGUGAUGAUUUAGGUCAAAAAUACCAGUGGGAAUUUUAUGUAGAAUAAUUGCAGAGUAGCAUAACUGUUAAAACAGACUCUUCUGCAGUAUUAUCAGAUUUGUUUAUCUUAAUCCUUUCUCUCGUAAACCAAUAAAAGUACCUUGUAUUCCUGGUCCAGGGUUAUUACACAGUUUGCUGUUCUGGUACUGAACUGACUGUUAUCAAAAGCUGGACUGUAAGUGGCUGCACAUCACUGAAGCCCUUUAGUCUCCUCCUCCUGAUCUGUAUUAAUUCAAAUUUUUGGGACUGAGCCAUAGAAUGAGCAGAUGCAGCCAUCCAGUCCAGUUCAGCUUUGCCUCCUUUCUUUCUUUUCUCUCUUUCACUCUGCCUCUUUCCGCCUGCUUCCUGUCCUUCCUGCAAAUGUGGCUGCCGGCAGGCUGGUUGGCUCUACAGGCGGUUGCAUUUUUAAAAAGUGUGUCAGUGUCACAGGACCGUUGCUGCGCUCUGAGAGAAAUCAGCCUGUUCUGUGCCUUCGAACGUGCUGAUCUAUACAGUUAGAGCGCAGAUAAUUAAACAUGAACCAAUUGUAACAACCGGAUAGUUAUUUUUACCACAUCUGUUGGAGUUUUUUUGGGCCAUUAAACUGUAAACUGUGCAAACUUGUGCUCUUGUGAUGGCCAGAUUGCCAAUAAACACUAUGUUCAGAUAAAGCAAGGUUGGUCUUAAAUAAUAGGGGCUUAUUUUCUCUGCUGGUCUAUAGAUGGACUUUGUUGUUUGGCUUGACCGUGGCCAUUGUGUAUGGUAGGAAGUUUCGGAAGUGAGUUCAUUUUACUCCAGUAGUCAGGGAGUGAUCUUUGAGACCAAAAAAACAACCCAGCCUAGGUCUUGAUUCUCAAUUCUUUUCCAUUCUGUUCAACUUGUUCAUUAAAGUGUUCCUGUACCAGGGUGCCUGUGGCUUAAAAUAGAAGUGAAUCUCUCGUCAGUAAUCUGCCAGAGUAGAACAGUUGAAAAGGUUAUGAGAGGAAGAUAGCUUUGUCUAAUGCACCUCUCGCUGCAGGGACAAAAAGACAAAAUCAGCAAGUAAGCAGAAAAGUCUUUGGUAAGAAAUUAGGGAGAAUGAUGAUGUAGAAACCAACAAAAACAGAAAAGCCUGAACUAAAUUUCAAACAUCAUCAUCAGCCUCUCCCUUGUUUUGGUACAUCAAGAGGUGUGUCCUGGGUUUUUGCUUCUCAAAAUGAAAAAUAAAACAGGGAGAUCUGCACAUCUGUUAUGGGGUGUAACAUAUACUCCCCUCUGACUUUCCAGUGUUUUGUUCUAUUUUCCACUGCAGAUAUUGAUCUUGUAUUUGGGCAGUUUCCAUUCCCUACUCUCACUCCGCCGGGCUCCCUCUGAUUGUCCUGUUAUGCUUACCAUGUUUUUUUUCCCUCCUAAGUGCUAGUGUGGAUUUCAGAGUGAGACAGUUCACUAUUUUUGUCUGCUGCUGAGGCCAUUGCUAUGGGCAGGAUUUAAUGUUAGUGGUGCCAUAAUCAACGUGGCAAGAUUGGCCGUGUACUAAUUUUCUGGCAAUAGGGUCACAGGUCGGACAUUAUCUGCACAGCAGGGGGACCAAACAGGGCACAAACUUGCACUUUACACACUGUCUGCUUUGGCUACUGUGGAUAGGUGCCAUAUUGAAUUGCCAAAAACAGCAAAAAAAUACCUACAAAGCUUCUUAAAGGCCCAGGUGAUAUUUUCAAAAAGUUGAUUUUUUUUCCAAACAACUGUUUUGAAAUGAUUCAAAGCUGAAAAAAGAAGCAAAUCUACCAAGUCUUGUCCUACAACAUAUUUAUAUUUUGGCUUACAUGAAAAAUUUUUAAUUUGUUAAUUGUUUGAAUUAAGGGUUGCAUACUAUCAUUAAUGUUGUCAAGUUACCAAAAUUUUGAUUUCCAUACUGGCGCCCAGUUUAGUGACUCAAUUUUUGAUAUCCAAACAAUCUCCACUGGCUGUUUAGAUUUAUUUGAUAAAAAAUAAUAUUUAAGCGUUACAAAAUUACUGGACAAGAUCUGAACCUUUUUUUUUUUUUUUUUAGAUCUUCUGGUCUGGAAAAAAAAAAUCAAUAAAUCAAUGAUAGGUCUUCUCUGAUUGAUACUUUAAAGCCACCACAGAGGAUGUAACAAGUAACAGUCAAUGUUAUUCAGCUGGUUUAUCACUGUAAUGAAUACAUAUUUGAGAUCUCCCCAGUUUCUGCAGCUUAAAAUACAAUUGUUGGGCUGCCAUUUUCCUAAAGGAUGUUAGUGUGUUGCCUGUUCUUAUAUGCAACAUUGCUGCCUCCAUUCAUUUAUUUUUAGAGAUGUGUUAAAGAUGUGUUUGAAUGUUGAAAUGAGUAUGAAAAAUAUCCCCAAAGGAUACCAAAAUUUGCUAAUGGAAUUAAAAGGCUUGGUGCAAAAAAUACCACUUUUUGCUCUGAAUUAAUGCAAUGGGAAUUCCUGCACCACAACAGCCCUGGCUGCUGCAUCAACAUGAGCUGAAGCCGCCAUGCAUGCAUCCGUCCUAUUUUCUGUGUGAAACAGGCAAAGAGAGUUUAUUGAGUUAAAUGAUGAAUUGUGUUUUGGGAGAUAAUCAGGUUUUCCAUAUGAAAAAUCUUAGGGUUACCAAAUGUGCUGAUGUUACGCAUCAUUUAUAGCAGUUGCAUCGCUUGUCAACAUUCUACGAGUAAGCUAGUCUACAAGUUUAAUGUUAAGUUGCUAACCUGUCCUGUUUUGUACUACUUGAAGAGGUCUGGGUGUCCAUCACUUAGUUGCUUGGUUAGGUUUGAAAAGUCAGUGGGUUCACCAUCAGAAUUAGCUCAGUCGGCAUUGCAGUCUUGGAGACUUCAGCAGCUGUUUCUGUUCACUUGUACGGGAUGUGAAGUUAUUCUUUCGGAUGAUGACUUCCUGUUGUGUUUGCUUUUCUUUUCUCAAUGGAAGCACAGGCCCAAGCUGUAAACAUGAAGAAAAAAGUGGUGCACGUCUCCCUGAGUUAUGGCACUCUGACGUGCCCUUUUUGUUGAUACUGGCACCUUGUGAAGAUGCAAGUAAUAAUAGUUCAUCCUGUGAGUCAUUUCUUUGUCACUCAGACCAGAGUCUCACUGAAUCAUGAGGUCGAUAAUAAGAUAAAUCACAUUAUAUAUCAGACAGUAUUAUAAUAUGGUAUUGGCUGCUUAAAAAGUGACAUUAGUUGACUACUAAUAAAAAGUAUCAUAAAAGAAACUUAAGUAAAUUAAGAGAUGACUUUAAUAAAUAUUUAUGAGUAUUUCAUUGAAUUUCCUCCAAAAAAAGAACUGUACACGCACCUUAGAGAGUCAGUCAUGGGCGCUGAAACAGGCAAAGCUGUAGGGCAUGUGCAUCAUUAACAAUUCUCUUGGAUUAUUAAUCAUCUUCUUUUCAUUAUCUCUUUAUCAGCGAGAGAGCUUUUUUUUCCUGAGUGCUGCUUUCCCCUCUGCUGUAUUUUACACAAAACAGCCUCUUAGAUUCUGCUCCAGGGUAGACAAGGUUUUCCCUAAAAUGCUUUUUAGUCCUUCAUAUCUGCAAGGUGUGAAUUUCCAUAUGUAGGUCUAUGGGUCAUGUGGGACACCGGGGUCAGUGAGCAUGUGGUGUGUGUUUAUAUCUUAAGGCCAGGGAUCUGCUGGCUUUGUGUGCGGUGAUAACAAUGAAGCAGGCUGGAUGGAUGCAGGCUAAAUGGAGGUGUUUGCUUGUUUGUUCCUAUCGCCAACUGCUCAUGUGAUGUGGACGGCUGCUUUUCUGCACCAUAUGGUCUUUUCUGCUGCAUGGGGAGAUUUUGUUUUUCACCCACAUGCUGCAUUUAUGGAGCCAUACAGAAACAUGCACACUCAGGUUUCUGCAGAUUUGAAGGGCUUCGAUGACACCAUAAUGAUUUAUUAUCUCCCUGCAUGAUGCUGUUAUCCUAUUGUGAGUGAAUUAUGUUGGGGUAAUCUUAAUCCGCCAGUAUGUGGCAUAUACAAUUCAUUAUACACCAUUCAGCUCUUGCUGUUUGUUUGUUUUUUUGAGUUGUUUUAGCUAAAUUACAUUUAAAAAAAGGAAAAUUACUUCGCUUUUAUACAGUCCCAGUUACAUGAGCAGGUAGAUGUGUAGAUGGGGUUCUUCUAAAAAUACAGAAGCAAUCCCGUUUAGUAGACUUUGGCUGCUGAGUGUUUACCUUGUUCUUCAUUUAUGAGAGGAGGUAAAGUAGAGCAACUUGAUUCAAACGUCAAGAAGAAUCACACACUUAGAGACUGAUGUCCCUAGUGGGCCUACAGAGUGCUCUUUUGUUGCCACCCUAAUUUGUGACCAAGAACAUAAAACAGAUUGUGUUAUUCAACUGCUGUCAAACAGAACUUCUAGAGAUCGGUUGGCUGCCAAGCAGAGCUAAGAUAUACAGUAUUUACUUAGUGUACACAGCACUCAGUGAGAUUACUCAUUGUGAUAAGUGUCAUAUUGGCAUUGAACGAUCGUUUUAGAACUGUGAUACAAGACUUCUAUUCAGGAUUGGUUUUGUAAACACAUUAUGGUGAGAGAAACUCCAGAAACCAUGAUGCACCAUCAGUGAUUUAGUUUGUUUUUCAGAUCUAAAAUGUACGAUUUUAAUCCUAAAAUUCAACAGGCUCAUCAUUUGUAGCUCAUUAACUGAACAAUAUUUUGAUUCAUUUUGCUGAGAUGUCUGAGACAAAGAGAGACAAUAGAUCCUCCUCAAAUGAAGACUUUUAUGUCUGUGCAUGUACCGUAGACCUAACCAUUAGGGACUAGAAAAACCCUUUUGUUUGGUCGGUCUGUCUGACUGUCUUUUUUACACCCCUCAGGGUCGGGAGGUUUCCCUGUUGCCCAUCAGAUUGAAAGGGUUGCAGGUGCAAUUCAGUCUCCCCAAAGUCUGCUGAGUAUUGACUUGCUGACCUCACCCCAGCAUUUUCAAGGGAAUAUCUAACCUCCUUUUUUCUUUUCAUUGUUUCUGUUUUUUCUCAAAGGUACCAUCCAGCAGUCUGUAUGUAGCCCCUUUGCUUUGUUGUAAAACAUUUCUGUCAGUACAUGAAUUUCAGACUUUACAUAAAGUUAUAUCCCACCGAAGUCAUGGCUUCUCAUUCCGACAACAUCUGUGGUGCUCAGCUGUGGUUGCUCUGUUGUUGAAUUUAUGCACCCCUGAGAAAUCCCUGUCAGUCACGAUACUCUCCUCAGGUUAUUGUGUGGAUAGAGUUUAACUAAGGUAACACUUUGUUCUUUGUCUUUUCAACCAAAGGGGGUUAAUGCUCAAGUUGACUACAUAGUGCUAUUUAUAUCUGAACUAUCGGCUCCUGCUGCUGAUGUAAACAUUUAAUGCACUUCUUUCUGUCUGGCAGAAGAUUCCUCCUGGGAAAGACUAACCAGACAUGAAAGUCCGGGGCAACCAAUAUAGAAAAGCCUUUUAAUCUAAACACUAUCAGUGACCAGCAGAAUGAGAGUAUCUUUUUUUUGCCAUUGCUAUUCAUCCACAAAGCUCAGCACCAAAGUGUGACCACCCAAACAUGCUGUUUUGCUUUAUUUUGACCAAAGUUGUUCACAAAGUUUUACUGUUGGUGUUCUGUGUUUUAAGCUACAUUUUUACAGUCGAGGGCAGACAACCACACCCUUGCAAGAGCUAAGUUUGGCUCUCAUCACAAGACUGUGAGGAAAUGUAUGUGACAAGCAGAUGAGUUGUCUCCCUCUGUCUGUCCUGGUUCUUCUUCUGCUGCUGCUGCUGUCCUGGAGUGCUUAUGUGCGUGUUUGAGUUAAGUCUGUGUAUGAGGCUACAAACUGCAGCUGUCAGUGAUGUGGCCUGAGUCAGCUAUCAGGGUCUUGGUGGUAAAGUGACGGUCUUGAGAGGUUAAAUAGAAAAAGCAGAUGUGUAGCACUGAUGGUUACCCAGCGGUUGCAUCAUCCUGUGAUACAUGAUUGAGCCAGAUGCUACGUGGAGAACAGCAGCCAUGUGUAGCAGCAAAGAAACACAUGAGUGAGUUAUAACAGUACAUAGAAUUGCACUCAUUUGCAUUGCUUGCUUCCUGAUGUUUGUAGCCUGUGUUUGGAAUUUGCUGUAGAGAUAUAAGGAUCACUUUUAAAAUAAUAAUAAAAUGAUGCUUUUAUUGCAUCAGCUCUUUAAAAGGAGAUAAAACCUGGACUCCCUUCUCUAUCAGGGCUCUCUGGUUUGAUGCCACUGGCUGUAAAGCUGGGAGUGUUCCUUUGCAUGUUUACUUUAGAUACUGUACCAAGCCAGCUUACCACUUUGCAAUCUACCACCAUGUUGCUUAUAUUGCAUUUGGCUGCAGCUUGACUGUUUUCAUUUCCUGUUUUAGAAUACUUCCACAGUUCUGACAUCUUACGGUGUGUUCGCAAAGUCGGAGGCCUGAAAAAAGAUGGCUACAUCUACGAAAGUUGCUGUAGUGCUUGCCUUAUAUUCGGACAAGGCAAGCACUAAAACAACUUUGGUAGAUGUAGCCAUCUUGUUUCCGCCUCUGAGUUAGCUUUUUUCCGACUUGGUAACUGAAACGCUGGUAACUCGGGUGGGUGUGAUGUAAUUUUCAGCUGGGACUUCUGAUUUCCGAGGUAACUCGAACGCAGCAUUAGCUCCAGGGAUGCGAUUGCUGAGUUGUAGUAGUAACUCCAUGCUCAGUUUACUAGUUGUUAGAAAGGUUCAGGAUAAAAAUUAAAUGAUUGUUCAAAGUGACAGAAACUUCUUUAGAAGAGACAUUUCCUCACAAAACCAUUAUUUUUUAUGCUUUUAUUUUGAUUUUUUUCCCGUCUUGAUCCUAUUUUUUCGAGGGUAACACUAAAUGCUCUUAACAAAUGAAAUCACCACUUCCUUGGACUUGAAUGUGAGUGAGCGUUCCACUGCAGGAAAUACUGUGCACACUUCUAUCUCUUCACAACCAUCUCCUCCAUACAAAGAAUUCCCAGUCAUCUCAGAAUAAUCCUCCCCUUUCACUCCUUAACUCUGUGUGUCAGGUCUGGGGGCUGGGGAAUUCCUGCCGAAACCAUGAAGUCACUAUUCCGCCUUAUUAGCACCAGAGAGAGUUGGAGUUUCUGAGAGAGUGGAAUGAGCAUGAGAUUAAAUCUGUGAAUUAAUUAAAUUGAUAUAAUUUGUUAGUCUUUCAGUCAAAAAAGGUUGAAGUUUCAGGAUCCCAAGAAGUCAUUUUGAAAAAGAAAAGAAAAGAAAAUCUUUGAGUUCAAGACUUGAUUUAAUUUGGAUUAUCCACAAUAUCAGUGAUUGAAUUUAUUUGUUAUAAUUUAUUAUUAAAAUUCAGAUAAUACUAAGACUGUUAAGUGCACAUGUUUGGCAGACAGCUGUGUGUCCUUUUCAGAUCUACCAGCAUUCCUCCUGUGCACCAUGUGUGAUAGCAUGAAGGUUUUUAACGACACUGCACAGGCUGGCAUUUGUUGAAUUCAAUUCCCCAUGCUGCAUUAUCAUUAACCCUGCAAUCUGCUUCGAGUGUGUAGUAGUUAUCGAGACGGCCUUUAGAUGCUUUGGUUUCAGCGGGGAGGGGAACCACACAUAAUUACAGUGUAAUGACAAUACUGUUGUUUUCAUGUAGGCCAUCUCUGUCAAUAAAUGCAGUGUGUUGUUUUCAUGUCCCAACACAGUUUCUGUUCCAUACCGAACAUAUAAAGUGGGGGUCAUAUGAUUGUGCUGUUGUCAUGGCUGUCGUAACAUGUUUACCAAGCAGAGGAGGCAGAUCAUUUAUGUGAGUGUGGGAUACUGGGCUGGAAUAUGGCCAGAAAUGGUUCGAUAUGGAUGAAAGUUCCCUGCUUCUGUUCAACUAUAGUCCAAAAUUGUCAAUCACAUUUGGUAAAGUCAUGUGUCAGAGGACAUCCUAUCUUUUUCAGCUCACCUGUCUGUCCCUCUCCAAUAACAACAUCACAGUGGUAAAACUAACUUUAAAUAUGGCUUAAAACCCACUUGAUGACGACAGCAUCAUGCAGGCCUCCCUUACUUUACAUCACAGUAAUUCAUAACUGUUUUAAAUCACAACAUAAAAUGUUAUAAAGUUGUCAGAUAUUCUGUCAUUAAAGGCUGAUCCCUUUUUCAUCAGAGACAGCUGUUGCUCUAAUGCAGCUAUGUUCCCUAACAAAAUCGUGGAGGGAGCUGUCAGAGGUGUGGAGCUGAUUAAAAUUUUACUCCGGGGAUUAUUGAGUUGGUAUAUCCAGUACUUAUGAGGUCAAGUGAGCAAAGCUAAGCUCAAUAAGCUUUAAUUCCUUCUCUGAUGAGCCUUUCUUGGCACUUUUUACAUGAGAGAGUGCCCGGUAUUUAAGUGCUUCUCAAAAUUACCUUCUGUUUGAAACCUGUUUGUUGUUGAAAAAUACAUGUGAAUGAUCAAUAUAAAUAUUGUACGGAUUUCUUCUUCACUCAAGGUGCUUUUUGUUGUUGGAAGCUGUUAAAAUCUUCAUCUUACAGCCAAGUUGUUCAGUCAGUGUUUCCCAACCAGCCAUCAAACUAAACUAACAAUCCACUCAGUCAGUUUGUAUAUACAGUCAUCGAUAUGACAUCUUUGUCAGCCCUUUCUGGCCUGAGAAGUUAGAGAGUCAGAGUGGCUGGCUUUGACCUCCUUUUCAGCUCAUCUGAAGGAAAGCAAGGGGAGGAGGAAGGCAAGAGGGAAAAUAAACGUCCUGCUGCUGAGGCCGGCCAACAUUCCUACAUCACUUCCUCUCCUAACAUCUGGCAAUGAUCAGGGCAGGCAAAAAGAAAGGGAGGAUGUAUCUUACUGGCUGGUUUAGUGCUCAUUUCCAGGCGUAGACACUGAGGCAUCACAUUACAAGACCGCCUACUCAACUUCAUUCCCCCAACCAGCAAAACAGAAUGAAGCAAGACGAUGUGUUUUGAUUUAGUGUCUCUCUACAAGUGUUUACACUUCAUAUACCAUUUUAUUGCAUCAUUAUUAAAUUUUUUAUAUAAAUCUCUGCCAUGGUUGUCAUGUCACAAACAAGUAACAUGUUUUAAUGCAAUAAGGUGUAAAAUAUUUUCCUUUCCCUUCUCCCUCAGGAUGGCCUAGCGGUGUUGAGUCAUCAGCAGUCUAUCAGCAGUGAGCUUCCCAGUCCAGAGGUUUGUAAAUGAACUCACUAUUUGACCGUGUAAGAAUAUCCAUGUUGUACUUUGACAAGGUAAUAUGAUAUAUUCUUCCUUAAAAAAUAUUUAAAAUACUGAACUGACUUCUAUAUGUCAAGGUAAACACAGAUAAGGCAACAUUGGUUUGAAGGAUAUCCUUUCAAAAGUCCAAAUCCUAAUUCAAGAGUAGAAAUUCCAGCGUUUUCUAAACUAUAUAACCCUACAGAGUGGUUAACUGUCACAGAAAUGCCACCUCUGUUUAUUGUUCACUCAGAUAACCUCUUUUUUUCACUUCUUUGUUGCAUCUGUCCUCAAAGGUGUAAACCAGAGGCAGAAGCAGGUUGCAGAGAUGAGUGUGACCUCCUGGUUUCUGGUGAGCAGUGGGGGAACUCGCCACCGACUGCCACGGGAAAUGAUCUUCGUUGGCCGGGAUGACUGUGAGCUGAUGCUACAGGUGAGAACAGCAAAAACCAGCGCAAAUGAAAUUUUACCUUUGCUUUGAGGUGCUUUUUUUUCUCACAGUAAAUGGCAGUCCAAGUUUUGAGAUGAUUUGAUAACAAGUAAACACAAGCAGCCUGACACUCAUUGAGGAGUUCUUCCCUGGCAUAUAAAUAGCCUGCUCACCACUCAGCAUUUGGUUUAAUAAGCCAAGUGAUUACAGAUAAAAAUCAGCCUGACUGCUUGGCUGUUGCUCUUGCAGUAGCAGAGCUUGCCUUCAUGUUUGUGUGUCUUUUUGUCCUGAGGUGGUGUCUGUGCAGCUGUGCAUACAUCCAGGGAGACUGUGUGUAUGCUCAUGUGUACCUCUAGUCACCUUUCUAUUAAUAGAAAGUGGGGCAGAUACCUCCUCAGUUAGAUCCUAUCUGACUGACUUGGUUGUUGUGGGUAAAGGGUGCAACCAUGGCAGCGGUCUCUGUUAUGACGUUACAUGGUGAGGGAAUUAAGCUGGUACCAGAGUUCUUCAGAGAGUUUGACCGAAGAGCAAGUGCAGAAUUAAAAUAACAGGACAAACUUCUUAAAUGGCUGUUUUUAUCUGCUGUGGUUGUCAAUGAUAAAGAGGGACGAAGACAUAAUACAGAGGGAUCUGUGGGUCUUAUUAGUGAUUUACAAAUAGUUUGAAUCAAAUAAUGUUGAGUUUUUCCAUGUUAUACGCAGUAUGACUCAGGGCAGAUUCCCAGAAUGACUCCCAGAAUCAGGGAUGGGAAUCAAGAAUCAUGCUGGACAGAAGACACAACAACUUAUUAUUGUGUUAACAAUAUCAGCUGUAAAUAUAAAACAGUAUGGCACACCAACUUACAAAUUUCAAGUGAUAAUCUUUGGGUAUUUUGCGACAUCCAGGGGUUUUUAUUUCCCACAAAGAAGAUAAGUGUCUGUCCAGAUCUAAUCCUAAAAAAAUUUCAUCUUCAAUAACUUAUGUGUUCAUAUUUGUAAAAAGGUGUCUUUUAUGUUGUCAGCCAACUAUGCUGAACAGAGGUCAUAUGACUUUUAUAUAUGACUUUUGUUCAGUCUCUUUAUUCUAUAUGUCUCCAAGUUUUGAUGGUGAACUUUUGAUCUCAACUGAAAAGCACUACAUGACUCAUAAGGACACGGUUUUAUAAAGCAGUACUGUGUCUGAAGCUGACCUUAUUGCCCUUUCAGUCUGCUGAUUGCUGAGUUUUUUUAUGGCCGUCCCAGUUGGCCCUUAUUCUUUUCACAGUUUUUUUCUUUGACAAGGAAACUUCAGUUGAGAAGUACCAACGAUCUUCUACUGAAGCGUGACGAGUUGUAAAAGAUCUUUUUUUUUCAAUAAGUUCUCAGACAGAUCUUGUGACUUAUCUUCUCAUUAAGUAAACACAUGGUGUGUUUGUAUUUCUACCCUUGGGAUGUCUCUAGAAAGAUAUUGAACAUCUUCUUAAAUGAGAACAUUUUUCUGGCUUGUGUUUCUGUGUGUACAUCACUCUGUGUAGUUGCUGGCAGUUGUCCUCCAUGUGACUGCUUUAUCAAGCUACGGUCUAAUCACAAGGCCAGAUUCUUAGAGUGGCUUUUUCAUGCACCCAAUUGAACUCAAACACACACUCACACAAGCACAUGCACUCUCAUGGGCAGAGUAGCAAACUUCCACUGACAGAGUUUGAUCACAGUGCUUCUUGAGAAGACUGAAUGAGUGUUUGAUAACAGCUUUGAAGUCAUCUCACUGUAUUGGAAAUCAAUCACCCCAUCUGCCAAUGGUUUUGAGAUUGCUGUUGACUGACCCCAACAUAAUGACCAGAUUCUUACUUAUUUGGUAAAGGAGAAGGAAGAGAUAAAGACAGGGACAGAGUAUCCAUGGAGUCACUGUUAAUCCAUUAAACGUUUUUCCUCUGGGUAACCAUAAACCAAAUACAAAAAGUCAGUGAAGCUGUUGAGGCUCUGCCUGUCUCUCAGGAUUUUUCCCCUUGUCUCACAGCUAAACUCAUAUAUGGUUGUUGUUAUACAUGUAUGUGCAUGUGUGUGUAUGUGUGUGUUAUCCCUUUUUCUUGAUGAAUUAGAUUUUCCUUUUUCUCCUUACUUGUCAUAAUUUUGUGAUUUUUUUUUCUUUGACUAACAUGCAUAAACUUUUGAAAGCACUUUAUUGGUAGGUUUUGAUGCUUCUAACUUGGACAGGGUUUUCACUUCAGUUGUAUUAACUUUGUUGACACUCAUUAUUUUUCUGUAAGUUAUACAGCCUUCAUCUGUACCUCAUCUCUUCAGUCUCCUCAGUAGUUAUUCUGUUGGUCAGCAGUGUAUCUAUAUUUAACAGCAUGAGUCUGCUGAAUUAUUCUAGUGUGGGGCUCCAGAUGAAGCUAGGGUGGUUUCAAUUCUGUUUGAUCUACACUGAUCUCACUAAGGUGAUCAAGUUUAUGGUUGGCUCCCUGGAGCUGCCUCUCAGCAUCACUGCGGUUCUUAAUGUGCAUUUUUGUUUCAGGAUGACGAUGCAACCCAGCAUGAUUAUUUUUUGUUUAAUAAGAGGAAUAUUGAGGUAACAGAGAUACAUAUGAGAAAUGGAGAUGGCUUUCAGCUCACAUAUUCAUAAAUAACUGAUGCCUACAAUAUAUAUUUUUUUACAUUUAAAUGUACAAGAAAUGUACAUUUUGGUGUCAGCACUGGUAGAAGAUUCGGUGAUGGACCUGUGUAAAUCUGAGGUUACUGUAGAUAUUUAUUUGAUAUUUUCACAGUGUUCACAACUGACAUUUCACAUCCAGCUAUUCUAAAUCAUGUGCCAGUCAGUGAGAAAAGACUUACUUUACACCAAACUUUACAGCAGGUGUGCAGCAGCAAACUAAGCCACAGCAGCCUUGGUUGAGUUGGUAAAAUUAAGUCGAGAUCGUUUAUGCUGAUGUAACAGAAAAUAGCUCAAGGAUAAUGUUUCUUGGUAUUUCUGUUGGUUUUUUGUUAAAUUAUUUAUGAAUGGCUAUCAUUUCAAAGGCGCUCCCACAGAGUUUUGAGGAGCGCAGACAGUUUGCUCAUCAGUUAGUGCCGAUGCAUACUUCAAGGUGUGUUUUCAUACAUGAGGAGAUAUUUACCAUUUGUUAAAUUCUUGCCACAUAUUUCAGUCUCAAGCUCACAUCAUCUCUUUUUUUUAUUGGGGUAGGAUUUCAGUGUUUGUGCUGGAAACAAUUUAUCAUUAAAACAGCUGACACACUUUUCUGAACACUGCAGGAAAUCAAUACUUUCACCUCGAGUUCCCUUUAUGUCUUUGUGUGUAUAUGUGUGUGUGUGUAGAGCUGUGUAUGGAUGUGAAGCGCUGUUGUUUGCUGAGUCAAAGACGUUUAAGUCCCUGCCGAUGUGAUUGAUGUAGAUAUUACAGUAUAUAACCUUCAUAGCACCAUGUAAGAUCACUAUCAGAAAUGUAUCCUUGACAUUGGAUGCUCAUCAUGCCAAAGAGCUUAAACAUGGUCACAAACAGAGCUCUAAAGGUUUGUGUAAAAACAAAUCUGCAGUUAACUAUCAGGCUCACACACUCAGUAAUUUGAAUGCAGUGCUGGUUCACAUUAAAGCUCAAGUUUUCAAGAGCAACACAUAUUGAAAAAAUUGACCUAAUAUUUGUCUGAUUCUUGACAAUCAGCAUCCUCUUAACGCCUUGGUCUCUAUUAUUACAAAGCAUCCUACACUGUGUAAUGUUUUGUGUAUGCUUUUGUUUGCAGUCCCGCAGUGUGGAUAAGCAGCAUGCGGUCAUCAACUACGAGGCAGGGACUGACGAACACAAGGUCAAGGACCUGGGCAGCCUGAAUGGGGUGAGUACACAAAUAGAAAUAUGCAAAUCAGAGAGAGGUAGGGACAGAGAUAAUGGAACAAAAGAGAGAGGGCAUUUUGAGGAGAGUAAGGGGUCACAUGGUACAUGAUGCAUGAGGGAUGGGGAGAAAUAAAGACAGAUUUAGAUGGAGCUACAUUGAUCAUGUAAAGGAAGAGAAAUGAUUGUGGGGUAGACACACAGACAUUUAAAGAGCACACUUUAGAGCAGACCGAUUUCUAAGCGUUAGAGGUUAACUUAAUCUUUGGCAGUUAAUUGGAGCUGCUGUUUUUCUGUUGCUAACUGGUCUCUCAGUCAAUGAAUACUUGUGUUGGAGCUGAGGUCAAUUUGUACGGUUUAAUUUGUUUUGGUUCUUUUUCGUGGAACAGAUCCUGCCUGUCCCACAUGUUCUGUAUCUAAACCCAAAACCUCAGUAAUGUCACCAAGUCAACCUAGUCAAUAACUGCGAGCUUUAACACAGAUACGUUGUUUUUUUAUUUUAUUUUAAAAAAAUUGUAUUUAUUUAUUUAUUUAUUUAUUACAUUUUGUUUUAUUUAUUUUAUUUUUAUUUUUAUUUUUAUUUUUAUUUUUAUUUUUAUUUAUUUAUUUAUUUAUUUAUUUUGGGGGGGGGUACAGAGUGCAUAUAUAAAAUGAUUUCCAGGUUAAACAAAAUCUAUUUCAAUCACUUUGCAGGCAAACAUCAUACAAAGGCGGCAUCAAAUAGAUCUACAAAGUCCUGAUACUUAUUACUAUGUAGUAGUGAGGUGCCAAAACAUUAAAUGCAAUUUUAACUAGACGAUCCAUGUUACUCAUUUUGUUACUUGCAGCUGACUGCCCACAGUAAGCCAAGACUACAACUCUGUCCUGACUUUAUUCUGUCAUGACUUUAUUCUCCUAUUAUGAGGACUUUAUUCUGGUAAUAUUGUGAUUUUGUUACAAUAUUAUUCUCUUAACAGUUUGACCUUAAUCUCUGAUAUUGUUACUCAAUUUUCUUAUGAUUUAAUUCUUGUAAGAAUUUGACUUUACUUUGACUUCAUUCUUUUAAGAAAAUAAAUUUACUACAUUUUUAGUCUUGUGGAAAUGAUCUGACAAGGAUUUUAUUCUCAUAAGAAAAUCAAUCAAUCAAUCAAUCAACUUUAUUUCUAUAGCACAUUUAAAAUAACCACAAGGGUAGCCAAAGUGCUGUACAAUGACACAUAAAAACAAAUAACACAGUCAAAGAACAAGAUAAAGCAAGCAGAAAUACAUUAAUGCAAAGGAAUAAAUAAAAUAAAAUGGCCUUAAAACAUCUAAAAAGUCUGAAAAAAACUCAGUAAAAGAGAACCUUCAGUGCGGCCCUAAAACUCAGUUCUACUCAUUUGUAAACGAUUCCUCUCUCCAGCCUUGCAACUUCCGGUGGAGUGUUGCUUGAUGAGUCAAAGCUGCUCUGGUUUGUGGUCAUGGUUAACUGUUUAAAGUUUUUUGGGAAUUAUAGUCAAACACUGACUGGAGAUGAAGCAGUUUAAGAAGGCUGAAGUAUAAAGGAUAUCGCAGAACAAACAAAUGUCCUAUAACUUCAAAAAUAAUUCUGUAUCAUUACCUUAGAAAACAUAAAUGAACUCUGUAUUUCUCCCUGUUGAAACACACUUCACUUUCCUCUUUGACAUUACAACCCAGUAAAACUCGGCCACAUGCUGUUAGUCAUGCAUAGUGAUCAGCAUUCAGUCACGGCACAGCAGAUUGUACCCAUAUGCAGAAUUUCCCUCACAUCCUCUCAAGCCCUCAGUCAGGAAGACAGAGUCAGAGCCACUUCCUGCUGUGUCACUGACCAUCGUGCUUUUUGGCACAUUUAGCAGGAACUUUUCUCUUGCUGACUCAGGAGAUACGCCGAGAUUUGCAGCUACUCCGAGUAAAAAGCUGUGUUUGGGCAGUGUCUUAAUUUUACUCUAGGAAUGUAAUGGCUGUUUUUUCUGGCUGUUCAGAAUUUUACACUCUAGAGGGGGGCAGGAAUGUUUUAUUACAACAGCACUGCAAGUGUGAUAGAAUUUCAUUUGCAGUUCAGUGAAACCCGAUCAGUUUCAAAGCUGCUUGGCUGAAGGAGGAGUGAAAGGCAGCAGGGGAGAAGGAGAACGACAGAGAAAGGAAGGAAAGAAACGGCUGGAGGUUAAGAUAUAAAUCGUUAUGCUUGGUCAUGCAGACAGAUUUCUUAUAAGGACACACCAGGAUCAGCUGAUUGACUCAGUCCACAACAGCUUUGUUCAAACCAAAACCUCAUUGGCCUUAUGCAGGUUCAACAUCACUGACUGGCAGCAAGCAUUUACUGGGUGGGUUACAGCUAUCAGUAACCUGAAACCAGACCAAAGAAGUUGAGUUAUGUCUUGAAGCUUUUAGGUGUUUGGUAUUUUCAGCUGACUAAAACAUCAGUCAAACAUGGAGUGAGAAGUGACAAAAAGGAAUGAGACAUGAACACAAGUUGUUUUUGAAUUUGAGGAUUUUCUGUUUUGCUUUUCUUUUCAUCCUCACAUUUGACGCAGAUAAUCUUAUUUGUUCUUGUUUCACCCUUUACUUCUUCUGCAGACCUUUGUAAACGAUGUCCGCAUACAGGAGCAGAUGUACAUCACUCUGAAAUUGGAGGACAAGCUGAGGUUUGGAUAUGAUAUCCUUUCACUUUCUGAUCUUUUAAUAACCUCAUCCUUCAUGUCUGCUAAUGGCUGUAUUCUUCCAAAUACACGAACCAGCCGGUCCAAACCUUGGUAUAAUUAUUUCUAGAUGUAAUGUUUUUCGCCUUUUAAAAGAUAUAACAAAUUUUAUAUUUUUCAUUUGUAUGUUUGUAAAGAAUAUGUGUGCAAGUUCAUGUUUGUUACUGUGUAAAGUAGUAUACCUUAACCUGUUUGUCUCACAUACCAACCUGUUCACGGUGGUGAGGGGAGAGCUUACUGUGCCUGAAGAGGCUCUAAAGGUAAGAAUACACUCACAUAAACCCCAGUUCACUGUCAAGUAUCAGUGUUUACCAUGAUGCAACUCACUAUACUUUUUCAAUUGUCAUUCUCCUUUAGCAUGAAAAAUUCACCAGUGGCCUGCAGCUGAGCAAGAAGCCAUCCAAUGGGGAAACCACUACCGCCACAACCACAAGCAAAUCUCCCACUAAGACCCCCACAAAGACACUAAAAUCCCCAAGUGGAAGCAGCCAAAGGCCAGGGGAGAGUAGAGCAACAGACGGGGUCACUUUCUCCAAAGACCUACAAGCUAAACCUGUGGAUUCCCACAAAGCAGAGGAGAGGUUAGGAGGAGGUGAGAGACAGAUCACAUAAGAAAAUGUGAUGGAACUAAAAAUUCAUCAGCAGCCUCAGAGUUGUUUGACAUUUUUGUUACCUAAAACCCUAUAUUUGUUAUAAUGUUCCUUUCUUAAAUUUUAGAUUUAUUUACUGCCAUGACUCAGCUGCAACUCCACUUCAAUAAAAUAAUCUUUUCUACAUUUUUAUUGUGUAACUAGAGAAAUAUGAGGGUCUAUAUUUGCGCAACACAUAAUUGCAAGAAUAACAAAUACAAGAUUCAAUUUCUACAAGUGCUUUUUUCCCCCCCGGAAAAAUCCAUUGUUAAAUAGACUGUGUUGAAAUGAACUGUGGUGGUUUUUGUCUGUUUCCUCAGGCCACCAGGGGGUGGCCAUAGUCACAGGGGAAGGGAAUUAACCACCACUCCAGCAUGCAGUUAUUGUGUUUGAAAAGGAGGAUUCAGGUUUACAGUAUGGGUGUCCCUUAUUAAUUGAUAUCAUGGGUGUUUGCAGGGACCCUUGUUAAGCUCCAGAUGUAGGAACAAGGCCACGCAUGGCUUGAAUUAUUGGUCAGAUUAAGCAGUAACAGGGUCACAGUGCCUGCAUUAUGCUAACCCAUCUGCCCAUACUACUUUCCUUAAAGUGCAGUAAGAUUCAUUGACACGAACAUGAAAUACAUUUGCAAAUUCUCUUCAUCUGCCACGCAUGUUUUAAUGCCACCCUCCUCUGUGGCUCAAAGGAAGUAAUCCUGCAGUUUUACCUCUGCAAUACCAGGCCCUACCCAUGUAUUGUACCUCAUCAAUAGCAUACAUUCAAGUGCUUUCCUGCUGCAGUCAAUUUGAUGCAUAACAUUGUGAAUUAUCCUGAUACAUGGUGAUUACACUUACAUAGCUCAGGGUAAAGGAACUGAGGGAAAAGAUCAGAGGAGAAGUCAACGAACGAUUACUGUUUCCAAUCCAGCUGAGGACCUUUUUCGCACGUCAUACUGUUUUUCUGAACUGUUUCCUGUCUCUUUUCUACUGUGCCGUCCAAUUUCAAAAAAGGAGUUACCAAAGGAAGUUCAUCACAUGUCAGCUUUCAUUAAAACAGGGAGAGAAAGGCGAACGGAAAGUCCCUCUCUCAUUAAAUCAUGUGUCUGAGAGAAAAAGAGAGAGAGUGUCAGAGAGAGAGACAGAGAGUUUGCAUGGUAGACAGUACGCACGUGUGCUUGCUUGCGUGUGUGUGUCCAUUCUGUUGGCUAAAGUUGGGAAAAUAGGUCAGUGGUGCAAGACCCCACCAGGGGGGAUUUAAUACAAAAACACACAGAUACACAAAGAGCAGCUGGGCUCACUUUGUGUCAUCAUGAUACUAUGAGCAGUUUAUGUCAGUUAUAUCAUAAGUAUGUUAAUCAGACCGCAGAUAGAAGUAGAUGUUUGAAGCUGUACUCUUUGCAACUGUUGUUUCUGAUCAUAUGCAUCUCUGCAUUUUGGUUUUUAGGGGAUGUUACAGCACUGCCUCGUGGGACCCCCCUGUACGGCCAGCCGUCUUGGUGGGGGGAUGGGGAUGCAGACGAUGAGAACUCCUUCAAACAGGAAACAAAGCCAUCCAGCAAAAAACAUGACAGCUCAGUAUCAGGUAUGAUGAACUCAUUUUUCACUUUGCGCUUCAAUUGCACAGCACAUACAUUCAUCCCUUACUCUCAAACGCACAGCAUAGAAACCGGGUGAUGAAGUGGAUUAAAUCAGACAAACAUGUUCAAACUGGGGAAAUGGAUGGAAGCUCGAUGGUUUUUAAGAAGUGGCUUUGUGUUUGAACAUUUCGAAUAAGUUUGACAAGUUAAGUGAAGGUUUUAAUAAUCUCAAAAAAAGGGAAACAAGUUCAAGUCACAUGACAAUGGACACAUUACACAUAUCCCACUCAAAUGUUGAUUUACUUCACAGAGUCUUUCAUGCUUGUCUUGCUACAUAUGGUAUAAUGAAUCAGUUUGCUCCAGAGUGCAAAAAUGAUAGCAGCAAUUAUAAACUAAUCCAUGUAGUACAGAUCAGUUUAUCUUAACAGAGAGUUAAGUUGAUGCUACUGCCUACGAGUGCUGUUUAUUUGCUUUGUGUUGAGCAAUGAAGGGGUAACGGCCAACCAGAGAGUGUGCUGAAUGUGUCAUGAUGCUUGAUGCACACAAAGGCUUGUUUCAGAGCCUGUAUGUUUGUUGCCGUACAAACUGCAUGUGUCUGCAUGGUGACCAUUGGACUGUUGGACUUGAGGGGGGGGGUUCUGUUAACUGGUGGUGGAUAGCAAGAGUAACAGGAUUAGAGGCUACACCAAUAGUGAAACAGCCUAGUGCAGUGAAAUCACUCUGUGCCAGGCUGGAGUGGACAAGUGUGUUCAGAAGGAGAGGGGGGAGGUUAAUCACAAACACUGGAGCAGACUGAAGACUCUUCAAAUCUCUCACCACAUCUGGAUGGAUUGUCUGGCAGUGUCUUCACCAGUCUGAGAAGGAUUACUUGCAUUUUAACUGCAAAUUUGCAAAUAUUUCUAUCAAAUACCAUUCAGAUGUUUCUGAGAAGUCUAGCAAAUUGUUUUCUUCAAGAGUUUAACUGAGUCCAUGGUUUUAAAGUAAAUCUGUGCAAGCACGAGGUGUGAUUUGAAAACCACAAAUCACCACUUUCCAAAAAAUCGGGCUGAUGGGAUUGGCCACUUCAGUCAUGGAAGUGGGUGAGUAAAGAGCAUGUAGCUUUCUUAGAGCACUGACUUUUAGACUUGGUGUUGAAUAGAUGUGUUGUUACGUAUGUUUGUGGAGCAGCAGGCUCCAAGAGGACAGUACAAGCCUGUUGUACUAAACGGUUCAAAUCAGAUACAGCAGUAAAGGAGAAGUGGAAAAGUUCUUCAAUGUAGGAAGUGAUUUUGUGUUUUUGUCACAUGCACGUGUGUCGGUUAGGGUUCAGUGUUUGUCCUUUUCUCUCUGCUUGUGAAUAGGCUGUGUUGUCAGAACCCCCCACCCCCUUUCCUUGUGUAUUGUCACUUACUGUGAUUGGGUUACGCCAUUGCACCAGCUCCCCCAUUCCUCCUAUUACACACACCCACACAGUGUUUAAACAGACCGCUCUCUCAAUCUAUACUGCAGCGUUCAUUAGCUAACCACUCUCUAAUCUCUAGUAAGUAUUGCUCUUUAUACCAUAAAUAACUUUGCUUCUGAAGCUAGUGUAGGUUUUUGUAUUGAAAACAACUUCUCAUUAUCCGUCUGACCAUAGUCACUCGCUGUAUUACCUGUUAGUCUUUGAGGAAGUUUCGUGUCAGUUAACUGUCUUUAGCUCAUAAGUACUUUACAUUAAAUGAAAAACAGAGCACUGAAAAAGCCCUGAAGGCUACAAAUGAAUUUGCUGUUUUCAGUUGCGACUUGUCAACUUUACCUCAUAGCAGGUGCACUUUUAUGAGUUAAGCCUCAAGGUGUUAUUAAUUCAUAUGCUAGGUCUAUUUUGGGUUGAUUUUUCCUUUUAAACAUGCAGAGUUUAAUAAGAGCUGAAUGAGUAAAGCGUGUUGACAAUAAACCAACAACAAAAGACAUCCUGCAGCACAGUCAGAUUAAUAAACCAUUAAAGUUUUCACUCCACUGAAACAACCACUAGCUUCCCAGACAAGCCAGAUGAUUUAUAGUGACGUCAGUGGAUGCUUUUGUAAUACACAGAGUUGCUGACACUUCGUACUCUUGUGUGUACAGGAAGUUAUGUUUAUUACACCAAGAGAUGGGAAAGUGGAGGCACUAAUUCUUUGAGUUUAAUUUUUUAAUUUUGAUAGUUGAUAGAGAGCAUUUAUAGAAAGUGAUCACUGCAUUUUUCCACCUUUGUUUUCAUGUUAUUACUUUUAAGUGAAGUCAUUUCAUCUCAAGGAUCAUUCCAUUUACAUGAUCUUCAGUCAGUAUUAUUUCCACUCUGUUAAAAUCUGUGAUGUUAAUCUUUUUAAAGUUGCAGAGCAGCUUAUGCUGCAAACAGCAGAUCAAGUUUCAAAGACAAAUCCAAAGAGAUUUUGUUGUACUUAUGUGAUUUUGAUAGCAGUGAAAAGUAAAUUUAGCAAUUUGAUUCUGAAAUUCUGUUUCAGGGAAGAUCUGUUUGUGUCUUGAGUCACAAAGCUGCAUAACAUUUUAGAAAACAUUAUUCAGGAGAAAUUAUCUCAAAAUUAGUUUAACUCUGCAUUGUCUGAUUCUGUCUGUCACUUCUUUGUACUGAUUGCCAUAUGUCCCUACAUUUGCUUCCCAACAUGGAGCAGAUGGCCACUCUAAUUUCUGAAAGUAUCAUUUAUCAUAUUCAGAUCCCAAAGAGACUCUGUUUGCUAAUAUGAGCAGAUGACUAAAUAAGUGCUCUGUAUUUGGACUCCCCCAGAGUAGGUUUUAAAAACCCUCUACAAACACUUCUUAGACACAGCAACAUGACUUUUCUGUCUUUAUCUGUAUUUAGACGUAGGAACAGAAGUAGAGCAUAAAUAUGAAUGUAGGGCUGUUUUAUUCCUAUAGCAGAGAUUUAUUUAUUUUUUUUGUAAAUGGUGAGACACACAUAUCUGAGAGAGGACUAUUACUGCAUUGGUUUACUCAGUUUGUAUUUGAGGGAACUUUCACAUAAACUUCUGACAAUGGAGACUUCUGUUCAUUUCUGACUGUGAUUUCUUGACAAUGGGAUUUUUUGACAUCAAAUAAAUAAAUGUGAAGUACAGAGAUACUACAAAAUCAUUCAUUUUUGUUCUAGACUCGUUGUACAGGAGUGAAUAUGCUCACGAAAAAAACUAAAGUCUGGAGACAGUCCUUUUAUUUAUUUAUUGUUAAUAAAUGUCACUUCUUGCAAACAGAUUUGUUAGCAUGACCUGUAAUAACUCAGGUCAUGCAAACUAACUUGACUUAGGUUUCAGUUUUAAAAAAGUCCACCUAGACAUCAGAAUAUUCUCAUUAUUCUUGGUUAAAUGUAUAUUUUAAUUUUUUCACAGACAGCAAAGAGGCGCGUCGAGCGGAGAAAGCUAAAGAGGACGGCCUUCAUACACCUGCUGCCCAUGAUUCUAGUUACUUUGAGAUCCCCACCAAGGAGGGUCACAUGGCCAACAAUGGCAUUCAUGAAAUCCCCACUAAGGACACAGAGGGAAUCACCACUCACCCCACAGCAGGUGAACACUUUUAUGUAUUCCCAUUUCUAGGCAAUAAAAUGAACUUGCUUUUCUUUUACAAUUUAAAGUUAAGUUUGUUUUCACCUGUACAACUUGUGCAUUUGGAUAUGUUUGGGUCUGAUUGUCUGCCUUUCUGGGAAUGUUAUACUGUCAUAAAGAAACUGUAAUUUACAACACAAAACAGGAAGUAUGAACUGUUUGUUUAACAUAAACCAGAGGCAAUCAUUCUGAAACAGAAACAAUCCUCUGACUUGAACAUAUUAUGAUUAAUAUCCAUGUGAUCAUUUAAUUGUACCAAAAACAUAUACCUUAUGUUCAAAUGUAAGUCUUCAAAAGUUUCUCACCAAUACUGAUAGACAGAGACUGACACAACUACAUGACAGCAACAUUUACAUUUAAUGUGUCCUCCACAGCUCAGGGCCAUGCCUCCUUCACUAUAGAGUUUGACAACACCUCUCCUGGGAAAGUCACUAUUAAAGACCAUGUGUCAAAGUUCACACCGGACCACCACAGAUCCCGCUCCAAAAAGAGUGGGACAGGAAGUGGGGGAACAGGAGGGAGAGACCUGAGCACACUUCAGGCAGCUAUGAUGGCAUCAGAGAGCAAGGUGGCUGAUUGGCUGGCCCAGAACGACCCAACUCUAGUGCGCAGUGAGUCAACAGAAGAAGAUAGCAAGAGCAUCAAGAGCGAUGUGCCAGUCCAUCUGAAAAGGCUUAAAGGUAAAUGUUAUUUGUUGUUAACUCUUGUAUAUGUGUAGCUUGUUGUAGAUAGAGGCUGGAUUUGAACCCAGACGGCUGCUUGAGGCAUAACCUCUUUAUAUGGGGCACCAACAUAGGCUAGACGAGGCUAGUGACGCCCCCAAAUGUAGUUUUAACAAAGUGUCAAACCUCACAUGAUAUCUGGGUAGUCUGCUCUUUCGGCUGCUUGAGUAUAACCACUGAUCAGUUUGACGUUUUAUCCCUUUACUUAUUUUUUUAAUCUGUAUGAAAUCAUUACCCAUUUUCUGUGAUUUAUUCCCUUUUAUCGCUUUGCGCCUGACAACCUGCUGAGACAAAAGCUCUGUAAGGGGAGAGUAGUCCUUUAGUAAGUCCUUCCUAUGAGUCCAUCAAUUGAGGAGCGUCAUCUGUUCUAGAAAUGAUGUACAGUUGGUUAUUUCUGAUGUCUUUCUGCACUGUCUUUAUUUUGGAUUGUUCAAAUUCAUAUUCAACUUUAUUUCUAUGGCGCUUUGCAGACAUAAAUGUUGUUCAAAGUGCCUCACAGAGACUAAAAACAACAAUAAAACCCGACCCUCCCACCCACACAUACACCCAAAGACCCACACACACACACAAAGACACCCACCCAUCCUCACUCACCCACACAUACACACACACAAGCGCACACAGAGUGAGCAUUUAAAAUAUACUGUAAGAGAGACAUGGCUUGACACCGAGACAUUAUGUGAGGAAAGAGCUACCUUUGGGAAACACUGGAGAUAAAAAGAUGAAAAUGGUAAAAGAAAGAGUAAAACCUGAUGGACUAAGACAAGAAUAUGAAAUGAACAAAUAAGUAAGAGCUCUUUACCAUGUAAAAGGGGUAAAAGAGGUAAAACCUCAUUGGAGGGAAUUAAGAAGAAGACUGAGAACAGAGAUAAUUAAUAAAAAGUACAUAAAAUAAACAUUAAGAACUUGGAUUAAAAUGAACGGUAGCAAUAAGAGAAAUAAGAAGGCUAUCAGUGAAAAGCCUGGUUUAAAAGGUGAGUCUUGAGCCUCUUCUUAAAAACAUCAUGCUAAACACGACAUCAUUGCCAUGACUUAUCCUCACUCAAUUCAUCUUUUAAUGUGGUACAGGUGAAUAUUGUCACAGAGAAGGGAAAGCAAAAUGCUGCUGUGUGUAUAAUGAGAGAAAAGAUGCCGUGUGUUGGUGUUGGUGGUGUUGACAGAGUCAAUAGCUUUAUGGACCUGCUUUUUUCAAGAGUUAUUUUUUAGAUAUCAUUAACAACAUCUAAUACACUUUAAGUUAGAGUGAUCUAGUGUAAUAUCAUUGUUUUACAAACUGGUUUUUGUCCUGUGGUUUCUACAAAUCAAAGGAAUGUCAAAUAUAUAUUUUUCUUUUUAACAAAACCAUCAGAAACAUCCAGAUAUCAUGUCACUGGGUUUACUGUUUGACUACCAUUGGUAACCAAUCCAGGGGAUUAGCAGCUGGUGUACAGAAACAUUUAAAUCUCCAUCUACUCCGCUGCUCUAUCAUUCAAUGACAAGGCUGAAGAACAACAACAAAACCCCUUGGUGCAUUUUGUUUAUUUUUAGCAUUUACGAACCAGCUAAGAACACAUAUGAAAGAGUAUAAAAGUAAAUCUGGUUAGAUUUAUUUUCUUUUUGCAUUGUAAGUGUGGAUCUUUACAUUGUUGUUUUCUGCCCCUCUGUGGGUUUGUUGCUGUGCCUUGAGGGAAGCUUUGAGAAUGCCAUCACUGUGAAUCACAUGCUUCUCUGGAUUUCUUUGUUCCCUCUACCUGAAAGCAGCCAACUGCUGAGUAUGCUCCUGCUGUUGGGGAGUUUGUGUGAAUGGACCAAGCAAGGCUAUGCUGUCCGUGGAGAGAAAGGAGUUUGAUGCUAAGCUAGGCUUUGGUCGACUUCAUGCUGGUCAAGAGUUAAUUAAAUGGAAGACAAUAUAUGAUGUUUCUGACAUGUGUGGGGGAGGGACCGGCAAAAGAGCCCAUGAAAAUGGAAAUCUCCUAAGAUAAAAGCAGAGAGGCUAAUUUAUCAGAUGGAGAUGGUGCUACUGGAGGACUGAGUGUUUCACCUGAUGGAAGAUUAUGUUGCUAACUGGUUAUCUGACUGAGUUUUGGACAGCUAGACGCAGCAGUUUUUUGUCCGGUGAACUGGGUUUGAUUGAUAGUUAAUGGGCUUAAAGAGGAGAAAGCAUUCAGACCAGUGCAUGGAGUGUUGUUGUGUGAGUUAAGUACCGAGAAUAACUGCUGAAUACAGAGAAAAUUGAGGGAAGGGAGGAGGAAAGAGGAGGAGAGGACAAAGAGGGAUGGUUGGAGGGCAGGUGGACAGCUGUGAAUAUGUAAGGAGUAAAAAACAAGAGUUAGCGCAGUCGUGAGAAGGUGAGAAAAGCAGAAGAACUUCACUGAGAGUCGCACUUAUAGCAAGAGCAGCAAAGGGGAUUGGACAGAGAAAGAGAGAGAGAGACUCACACAGAAUGAGAGAGCGACAGAGAAAGAGGGAGAGAGAGGCUUGUUGCCUGGACUGCAGCGUAAGAGGGAUAGAGGAGGGAGCAGAUUUUGGCAGAUUGUUGUUAUAGUAACAGCAAUGCAAAUGAUGGCAGGGAAAGAGAGACUAUUGACACAAAUUUACAAAUAGAAAAAACUGGCAUUGAUCAUCUCUUUGUGUCUGUGUGUGAAGAAGCUGCUAAAUAGAUGUGUGAGAAAUGCAUUUCACUGCUGAUGUAGGGCGUGUGUGAAGCAUAUGCUGAUCACAUGUGGAUCUGCUGGGCUGAAAUCCAUCCUGCGUUUGCUGCGUGUGUGUGUGUUAGACAUGCUCAGUGCUGAUCUGAAGACGAGCAGUGCAGCAUGUGCGAGAAGAGGCGUGUGAGAUGUGUUAAGGGUGUGUCGUAGAGGUACUAGACAGAGAUGGGAGCUGAGGGUCUGAUUUUUUACAUGAAGGUGAGUCUUUUUCUUUUUUACUGAAUGGAGUUAUAGAGGUGAAUGUCUUUCUUCUCUGUGUUAUUUUGAAUAUCAAUAUUGUGAAAUCUGCAUUUUAUCACCAACAAGAUGUGACUAUGAUUUGUUUGAGGCUAUACAUGUGUGAUCUGAGAUUUUGAUUAAUGAUGAAAACAUAAUUCAUGGUACUAAACAAACAUUUAUCAGCAGUGCUCAUAUGUUUUAUUGGCUUUUACUUUUAUGCUGUUUUGUUUUUUGCAGCUGUGUAUGCUUAUGAAGUAAGUAAGUCAUCCAUGGGUUGGGUGUUUAGUUGUGUGUGUAUGUGUGCAGCCAGCAGUGGUGGCAGAGGCCAGCUCCACUGUGAGUCAUGGCGGGGCAAGCGGGCAGAGCGCUGGAUUCUCACAGAUACCUCUGUUCUCUUCUGGCACUGCCAACAGCUUCUUUGUCUGGAACACACGGCAUGAAAGACCUGCCUCUCUCUGUCUGUUUAUCUGCUGAUUUGCUCAAGCUACUGCUGUAACACCCUGCCACUUAACUGGCUCAUUUAAUUCAUGCUAUUCCCUUUUUCAGAAACAUAUUGGUUAUUAGAUUUUUAACAAGUGAUAAAAGUCAAGAAAGAUGGAGAAAGUGGAUGUUAAAGAGUCAUAAAUGAGCAGCAGACUUAGGCAGGGCUCAGGACAGUUGUUGUCGCGCAGUAAUGGAGCACAAGUAAAAGAGGAAUUCCAGCAGUUAGAUAAUAAAACUCAAGAAAGUCUAAAGAAAUAUGUGAGAUGGAGUAUUUUAAUAAAAAAGAAAGCAAAAGUCCCGGAUAGAUUUCUUAAUUUUACGCCCAGAGUGGCAUUAGAAGAAUGUAUCCCUAAGUAAAACUACACACUCUUCCUGUAUUUCAGAAUAUUGACCAUAGACUGUAUAUACAAUGGAAAACUUGGUUCCGCCUACCGCCUGUAUACGGAUUUGAAGCCGAAUAGCUCUCGGUAUUUCUAGGAUUUUUCUUCAUUUCCUGAAACCAGCGCUGCACAGUAGCGAUGCGUGCAUCUGGGCGCACAGUCGCCGAGAGUCGCUGUGAUGACGCUCGGCUCAAACAGCAUAUCCCCCAGGAGAGCUACGCAAUCCCUGAACACCCAUAGGCUGUAUCAGGUGUCAAACAUAAAAAAUAUGAACCCCCUAAUAACUUUUAAAAACGGAGCUUCACAGAAAAAAAAUAAAUUUCUAAAGUUUGUCCACAGCUUCAUAAGCUUUGCUGGCGGAGGCGGGAUUUAUGGCUUAUACUGCAGCCAAUCAACAGAGGGUGCUGUUCUCAGAGUGACUUCACCCAGCGAGGAGGCAGACUCUGUCCAUUCUUUAUACAGUCUAUGGUAUUGACAUUGGAAAAGUUCCUCCAACUUCCAAGAGACGUUUUAAAACUGGUAUAAUAGGCUGAUUUGUACUAAGAAUCAAACACACAAGUAAACAGAUCUCAGUGUAAUUGUACAUUAGUGAAGUGCACUUGGAUGGAUUGUUAAAAUUAAACUAGUGUUGCACCCUUCCACAAAAUAAUACCAUAUCUGUGAAGGCCUGUGACGGCUCAUGUUUUGAGAUGUCACAGCUUCACCAAUAGCACUCCCCUUUCUUUUGGGAGGAAAUUUCACCAAGAAAUUGCAACAUGUGUAAUUGUUAUAAUCAAAGCCUGUAAAAUGAGUUUUGAAAGUGGUGAAGAGGAAGUGCAUUUUCCUGAUAGUGAUCCACAACAACAACCAAUCAAUCAAUUUAUAGCGUCAAAACACAACAAUCAUUAUCUAAAGAAACUUUCCAGAAGAGCAGGUCUGGACCAAAACUCUUUGUUUGAUGUAUUUCAGAGACCCAAACCUCAAGAUGGGAAAAGAUUGAGUCCUGUCUAGGGAGAGGACCCAUUCUUAACCCAUCUCAAAUCAACAGGAGUGAAGCUCUUUGCAGUACAGUCCUGGUGUUUUCUCCACUGACUGUCUGUCUGUUGACAGCUUAAUAGACUGGCUGAUAGUGUGAGUGGCUGUCACUCACAACUAGUGGCAAUCCACUUUAUCCCCAGCCUCUUUCAGUUAAGGUCAAGAGUUCCCUCUCUCUCUCUCUUUCUUAAUUCAUUCAUGUUUUUUCUCUCUUUUUCUCUUUAUGGUUGUCUUUUUAUUUUCUAUCACUUCAUUCAGUUGAUCUCCUUUCUUCAUCCCUCCCAUCCUCCUCCUCCCCUUUUCUUUUCCCAGCCUCCUUUCACAUACCCUCCUCCUCCUACAUCCCUGAAGCCUUUUCUCUCCCCCCUUUACUCACAUCCUUCCCCACUUCCCCCCUCUAUGUUCACCUCCUCCCCUCCCCCCUUCCUCUCUCUCACUGCCAGUGGGCAGGGCUAGUAAACGUGUGGGUGGCAUGUCUGGAUUAGCGUGGCACACUGUCUGCAUUUGUACUACACUGAGGGCACAUGCUGAUUCAACCCAGACUGAACAGAAUGUAGAAAUAGGAGCACUGUGGUAUGUAAACCAGUCAUUGUGAAUGUUGGCUCUGUUGUUAUAGUGAUAUGAGUGUCACUGAUAAAGGUUAGUAGUCCAGUCAGUGCCUGACGGUUAGCAAAUUCUCAGUUUCGGUUGAUAUCCACAAAGGAUGAUGCUGUCAGCUAGAUCAGGGUCUUGGGCAUCAUCUCUACGGUACUCUACUUCCACUUUAUUUUCCUUCUUUCCUCCUCUUUUUUUUCUUCAUCUUCCUUGCUCAUCUUAAGUAAUAGCUUUAGGCAUUGUGUAUCAUAGCUCUUUUUUUCUGUUGCUAUGUUGCUGUUGGGUAAACACUUUGAGUGGGAAUUAGAAAUACUGGUGGAACUGUAGCAGUCUUCACAUGUCCAGUAUGAGUCAGUAACUGUAUAUGAAGACCAGCAGCUUAUCUUAUCUUAUGUUAUCUUUAAAAUUUAACUCUUUUUUAGGGAAACAAAAUAGUCCCUUGAUUUAAAUGGAUGACUCAUGUUAAUGCUUUCAUAUCUAAUUACAUUGUGAUUAUAGUUAGUACAUUUUCGGUUAAGUGUUUGUUUUGUUUAAGGUCAGGUGUGGUUGAAGCUUAACUGUGACCGCUCUUUGUGUGCCAGUAGGCAGCAAACAUGAGGAUGGCACCCAGAGUGACUCAGAGAACGGACUGGGUCUGCGUUUCGCCAACCGCCGCCACGCCCUCGAGGAACGCCUGAAAGCAGCACACGGCGGCGUUGGAGGAGGAGGUGGAACCGGAGGGGGGAACAUAACAGUGAGCGGGACCAGAGGAACAGGCCCCCGCACUGCCUUCAUGAUAGAGUUCUACGACGAGGAAAACCCGCGCAAGCGCCGCUCAUAUUCCUUUUCCCAGACUGCACCCCUGCACGUUGGAGGAACAGGUGGAGAGGGAUUGUGCCCUCAGCCCCCCUCUCACCCAAAGGUGUUCAGCAUUUCCACCUCUGCCGCCUCAGCUUCAGAAUCAGGUAUUAAGUCUGUUAUCAUUUUUUUAAUAUGUAUUCUUUGGCAUUCUCUUCUGCGGGUUUCUCUGAAAUAAAAAUGUCAAAAGUUAAAAUCAUUAUUUGGAAAAGACAGGCAGAGCUAAAAUGAGUCAGAAUUACUAUUCAGUCUCUAUAAAUUUUCAUCGUUCUCUGUUGAAGCAUGUGUGCAUGUCUAUUUCUUGUUGUAGUCGUACUUUAACUUGAUUCUUUGGUACCCACAGGUAAAGUUCCUGCUCCAAUACCAGCGACAGUCACUGCAGGUGCCCCCACUGCUGCCCGCGUCCUGCUCAAGCAAAGGUCAGAGGACCCAAGUAUUGGUCGCAGCUCAGCCAGUACAGGGCUGGCUACAGGGAGUCCCACCACCCCCAGCGAGGACACAUCAGUCCUGGGAAAAGGAGGGGAAUCUGCUGGCGGGGAGGCAGAGGACGACCACAGCGACAAGGGGACUUAUACUAUUGAACUGGAGAACAAGAACCCAGAGGAAGAAGAGGCCAGGCGCAUGAUAGACAAGGUUGGAGAAGCCAGAGAGCUUAGCACGUAUCUGCAUCAUGUUGGAUCACUCUUAUUUUAGCCAAAACCAGUUAAAAAUGUAGAUACCACUACUGUUACUAAUUCAUAAAGACAUCUAAAUAUUUUUCCCUGAAAACUGUUUGAUGGUUUUGCAGAUGACUGAUUUGCAUGAAACUGCAGAAAAACUCAAUGUCCUUGAAUCUGAAGGUUAUAAAUGUGCACAAUACACAUACACACAAUGUUGCUGCAAGCUCACAAAUUGAUUUUCUUUACAUUGAUGAUGUGAUUAAGAUAAUUGACCAUAAUAAAGUGGUAGGAAGAAUAGUUUACCACAGCCUGAGGGAGAUUUAGUUUUUAAUUUUCACUUUCUUUUAGAUCAAAUGCCUGCAAAAGGCUUUAGGGAAAUAUCAUUGUGGGUGUAUCACAGUUAUUUGCAAGUUCAAAAGGAGGCUAUGUUAUGUUGUAAACUAUUAUUUCGUUUUGUAAAGUCAGGCCUUUAAUAUCAGAUUGGUGUAAUGAGAAAGGAAGACACAGAGGCAUCUCUCAGCUAUUUGUUAUUGUAAAAAUAUCAAGCAGAUUGAUAAGAGAAAUGUUCAAACUGACUGCGCUGAAACCCUAAAUCUUAACCAACACAAACAGACCAUAACAAGGUUAAUGUGUCUUUAUAACCUGCUGUGUAUGCACUUUAAGAGCAAGCAUGUCCCUUGAGACUGUUUUGUGUUAUUGCCACUAAAACAAAGCUCUUACCUCCUGGUUGCAAAGCGUGAUCACCACUCCAUCUUCUCUGUCCCUUUGGAAAACCUAAUGCUUCUGAAAUGGCCCGUGUGGACCUGCUCGAUCAACUACAACCCUGUUUUAUGAAACAGUGCUUCAGGGGGUCUGAAAAACCACCAUCAGUCUCUCUUUUUUUUCUGAUGGCAAAGCAGUUUCUCACAGUCGCAGAAAACUUGCCUGAAAAGGGGAAAAGCAUUACUGUCAAAGAGCUGGUUUAAUGCUGGUUUCAAAGUAAGCUCUUUCGGCUGAGGCUAAAUUAAGGGGGAGUACUUACAUGUCUUUUGACCAUCAUAAAAAGUAAAGUAGGAUUUAAAAACAUUCAACUACAGUGCAGGACUACUGAAAACAGGGCUGAAUUGCUACCUAACAGAUGCAGAGAUUGGCACUGGCAGCAUAUCCACUUAUUUUCAGGAAGCUGCUGCCAAUAAAAGCAAUUUAUAGACACUAUUUACGUUCCACUAAAUGACACCUUAAAGAAGCAGAUGUCCCUUACAGUAAUGAAAAGGUGUAGUACUAAGAGGAGCAGUGAUAUAAUUAGUUGGAUAUAUUUCUGGCUCUUGUUGGUCUUGAGUGCGUUACAUUCAAAACUGCGAGUGUUGUUAUGCUAAUGCCUGUAAUUAGCUGACACACUAAUUGGCACGCUGCUCACAGUCUCUCCGCUUUCAUCCCUCAAUCUUUUGUAAAUAGCGUGUGUUUGCAAGUGACUGUGUAAUUCCUGUUUGUUGCCAUGGCACUACACUACAAUGUGCAAAUUCUUAUAUUCAUUCAACAGCAUCUUAUUGUUUUUUUAGUUCAAUCAACAAAUAUGCAGGAUAGUAUUACCGUAUUGUUCAUAUAUAAUGUGGCUCUUAAAUUUACAUUACAAAGCGUGCUUCAGAGCAAAUUUAGACAGUGGAAGGACUAAAUGUGAAGUACAUUGAUAACACAGACAUGAUGAGACUGUCGUGAUUUACUAUUGAGCAAAUGUCAAGUAUGACCUUUUUUUUUUUUUCCCCAAAUAUUUUAGGUGUUCGGUGUGCAGCAGAGCCAGGACUCCUCGAAUCUGUCAGACCUCAAAGGGGACGUGAAAGGAAAGGAGACAGGAGAGACAGGGAAAGAGGUAGAGAGCCACACUCUGACAGCUUGUUUGUCAUUUUUUUCGUUUGAUUUUUGUUCCUGCUUUUUCUUCGGUGCUCCCACGUUGCCUCAUUUAGUUGCGUUAUGAUGAGGUAAAUUCCACCAUGACAAAUGACCUCUUACUCCUCAUGUGUCACAGUCCUGUGUAGUAUUUGUCGGAGGUGGAUUAAGUCUUACAGUGUGAGUCACAGUCACUCCCAUUGCUUGACCACUCUCCUCCUUUUGCCUGCCCAUGGGAGUGGGCUAGUCCUCCCUGAGUCUGACCUAGAUCAUACUAAGAUGUGGAGAGACACCCUUGGCCCUCCAGGCAGUUUCAUCAGCGAGAGAAGACAGUAUAAAUGAGCUGUGAUCGCCUUUCUAUUACGAUCUCCAUAGAAUUAAACUUUGUUUUUAAGAGCUGUACUGUUGUGUUUCUUCAAUGCUUGAGGGCAGUUUUAAAAUACAGAACAGGAGUUGUUCUAAAUUCUACUAUCCUUCAUUUAAGGUGAAAGAAUAAUAUCCUUUAUCAUAUAAUACAUUUCAAGUGAACACAAAAACGGCGUUUCUCUCAGAUCUGCUUCUUUUAAAUACUUUUGUGCCACAGAUAGUUGACUAAACUGCUCUUUUUUUCUGAUGCUGUCACUCCUCUGUCUGUCUCUUGUCACCCCACCCCCCUUCAUGCUCUCUUCAGGCUCAUCCUGGUGACACAAGCUGGGUCUCUGAGUGGGCUAGUCUAGCAGCCAGUCAUACCAGGACUGACCCAGAGGGCUCAGGAGCAGAAACUGCUGCCUUCCUACACAAAGAGCGAGGUACAUAGUUGCUGGAUUCUCAGGGAAUAGAGAUAUGUUAUUAAAAAAAAAAAGAUUCAGCUUUGCUUGUUUUUUACUUGAUUGAAAAAGUCUAUAGUUUAAUGACAUGGUCUUUUCUCCUUUUGAAGCUGAUGCCUUUGAGUCUGGAGCAUCCCUCAGCAGAGGUGAAUCCUCCUCCAGUCUGACUGAUCGUAAGCGCAGAACCCUCCCCCAGCUUCCUGUUGAUGACCCCCGGGCUAAAUCCAGCACCAAAGCCCUAGGAGUGAGAUCUGAGAUCGGGGAGAAACAGGACACUGAACCCCAAGAAAAGGAGAACAAAGGAGACGGGGAGUCCCCGACUCCUGCUGGAGACACUGAGAUGACCAGUAAACGAAAACAAAGCUCCACAUCUUCUCCAUCCAAGGCUCCUGCUCGGACCUCUGGCAGUACUGAGCGAAGGAAGAGGUCAGAGGAGCGGAAAGGAGGAGGAGGAGGAGGUGGAGCUGUGGAAGUAGGAGAGAAGUCUGGGAAGCCUCUCGUGCGACAGGGCAGUUUCACAAUCGAGAAGCCGAGCGCUAGCGUCCCUGCAGAGCUCAUACCCCGCAUCAACAGAGGCGGCAAUGGGCGUGAACGCAGUGACUCUGUGGGCAGCAUGGAUACUGCUACGCUCCUGAAGGACACUGAAGCUGUCAUGGCGUUCCUGGAGGCCAAGCUUCGAGAUGAAAACAAACUUGACCAGAAAGGAACUAAAAGUGGCAUCUCCAAUCAGGGCUCAGGUUCUGGGUUUCCCACUCGGACUGACUCCAUCUCUCCUGAGUCAGAUGUGGACACAGCCAGCGCAGCUAGUCAUGGGGCCGAGAGGAAAGGUCUAGGCAGCAGCGAACAAAAACGCCGUUCCCUAAGCAGCAUGCAUCGGGAGAAGAGCAACAUGAGUACAGCUUCCAGGUCCAGCAUUACCAAUACAAGCGCCCGUGAACGACUGGAGAGGAAGUCUAAAACAAGAACUGCAGAGACUACAAGCCGAACUGAUGCGCGCCGCUCUGUUCAGCCCUCCUCCUCCUCUAGAGCACGCCAGCCUUCCCUGGACCUUACUGAUGAUGACCAGACUUCCUCAUUCCCCAUCUCUGAUCAUUUCUCCUCAGACCAGGAAACCUACUCUGGACCUUUGGGGCAUUCCAAACUCGACAGCAGGUCUUCUAAAACCUCCCCAAGUGGAACCUCCAAAACCAGCCGCACUCUCCAGGCAGCCACGACCUCUUCCAUCAACAAGCAGGCCUCGCUGCCUCAGCCGCGUCCAACAAGAGCCUCCCUUCUUCGGAGAGCUAGACUGGGGGAUACAUCUGACACAGAUCUAGCUGAUGCAGACAGGGUUUCGGUCGCUUCUGAGGUCUCUACUACCAGCUCCACCUCCAAGCCACCAUCUGGUCGGAAGGGACUGUCAAGACUGGACAUGCUGGCCCAGCCGCGCAGGACCCGCGUGGGCUCCAUCUCAGCCCGCAGUGACUCCGAGUGUACCAUGACACGGAGCUCCACCUCUUCACCCCGCCUGUCAGCCGAGACUGCUCUGCGUCUGGGCUUACGCUCAUCGACCCCAACAGAGAACAGACUGACACCGAGGAUGAGGGCCAGCAGUGUGUCCAAACUGAACGAGACCAAGACAAAGACGACCACAGCUGGAUACUGUUCUCCCACAGGUGAGCUCAUGAAGUCCCAGUUUAUAGGGUUCAUCUGAAUCUGUGACGGAACAAUAAAAAGAGGAGAAUUUUAAAUUAGACUUUUUUUUUUAUCUCUAUUUAGUGAUUGUUGAAUUAUUGUUCAGUGUAUAAAAUGCUGUGUUGCACCAGCUUUGAGUCGAGAAGCAGCCUUGUGUGAACAUAAUUGCCAAUUUAAGACAGAGUUCAAACAGCACUAACAUUUUGGGGGUUGCAAAAACUGAGACAGUUCCAGCGAAGGCAAAAGUUACAACUGAAAUCUCAUACACAGAUCCAAGUAGGUGUAAAGUUCUCUGUAAACCACCAGCAGUCAUGGGGCAUCGCUUGGAAUAACUGGGUAAUUUGAGGAGAAGAAGGGGGAGAAGCAGGAGUGUUUACUUGCUGGAUUGUGUAAUGACUUUGAUUUGUACUCACACUGUUGUCUCUCACAAGCAAAGAGAAUUUCUUCUCGCAGUCAUAGAGUACUUUUCUUUUAAUGUGUAGUAGUUGACAGUUAUCUCACACAAACAGAGGUUACAUUAGCAUUAAAUGGUAAUGCUUUGUCAUACUUAACAUACACUUUCCUGCAGUUUGUUCAGUUAAUAGUGGUGCAACGGAUCAUCAUUGAUCCGUGAUCCGUUCGGAUCGACGUCAUCGGUUCGGCACACACGUUACCCGCGGUUCGAUUUCUGAAAAAAAAAAUGUGGCUUCCCUGUCAACUAUGAUGAGGAAGGAAAGAGGUCAGUGGAAAAAACUGCGAAGGUGUGUAGGCACUGUGGCAUAAGAAAGCCAUAUGACAGUGGAAACACAAAGAGCAUGUUCACGCAUUUGAAAGCGACAUCACCCGGGUGUUUUAAUGACAGGUGUUGUGCCGUAGACUGCACCCCUGCCGUAGAACGCACCCCUGCAUCCCCUCCACUCGUUAGCUUCUUAAAGUGGAGAUAAUGAUCUCAUAUUUAAAGAAACACGAGUAUUAGAUCAUGACAACAUGUCAAAUGGAGCAGCAAACUUUCAUUUUCUUUUUAUGUGUCUCAAAAAUGCAAAUAUAGAGGUGUACUUGGGUAUAAACUGUACAGAAAGCUGUCCAGGUAGAGAGCAUUAUAUUUUCGGGACAGCAAUAUUCCAAGGCCUGUUGUUUUUGGCUUCUUUGAAUAGCCUGAAUGAAAUUAUUUCAGGCAAACGCUUUUGAAUCCAUCCAAUGUAAGAAAAACUUGGAUUAUUUCGCCUCGUUAUGUACUUUAAACCGCGCUCCCGUCAGGGGGUGCAUUCUACGCAGGGGUGCAUUCUAUGUCACAACACCUGAGAUAAAACGAAAGCUGGCCAGCAACCGCUCAUCACCGCAGCAUUUAAGCAGCCUCUUCCUGCGCAAUCCGACCGGGUUAAAGCUAUCACAAACGCUAUCGGUGUGUUUAUAGCUACAGACAUGAGGCCAUAUUCAGUUGUGCAAACGAGGGCUUUAAAAACAUGCUGAAAGUGCUUGAGCCACGUUACAAUAUCCCACCGCGCACAUACUUCAUUUUUGGUUCAUUGUUACAUUUUAAAGGAAGGAGAUAUGCCUAUAUAUUGCACUUUAAGUUGUUUUUCAUUAAUAAUUAUGUUGAAAAGAAGAUAUUAUGCCGUAUGCACUACUUUUAUAUAUUUUAAUUCAACCAUUUAAGUGUUUAAUAUACAGACAAAACUGCUUUUUGCUGAUCCGAAAAAUGAUCCGAUCCGUGACUCUUGAUCCGAGGAACGAUUCGAUCCGUGAGUGUUGUGAUCCGUUGCACCACUAUCAGUUAAUAGAAGUUGUUUUGAGCUGUUAACCUGUUCAGAGACUAUUUAACACAAGAGGAAACUCUAAAACAAACUUCCCCUAAAGUAUAAAAGUUUUUUUUUUUUUUUCCAGUUUGUAUGAGGAAGUGAAAACCUCCCUAACCUUAUGUCUCUAUGGUGCAAACAAAAAAUGACAUAUCAUGAAUCAGUGUAUGAUUUAAUGUGACCUUUAAAUAACUGGUGCAACAAGACACAGGUCCAAAAAGGAGUUGUUACCAUUGCAUAUUUCAUUGUGUGUCAGUGUGUGUAAUCAUUUGUGUCUUUGCAUUUCCACUGUGUUGUUGUGACAAACUUGUGCAUUGGUUGUCAUUGUUCAGAAAGCUCUCAGCCUGAACCUGAGGGUGGUGAUGCUGAGGAAGAGCUGCCGGGUACUGUACCAGACCUGUAGAGCCUUCAGUAGUGUGUGUGUGUGUGUGUUUGUGUGUGUGUGUGUGUGUGUGUGUGUGUGUGUGUUUGUGUCAGACCUGGGUCUUAGCAAUUUACACACACAUCGUUCAUAUUAUAAAUGUUGCUGCAGCAUCCUUUAUUUUUUGCCUCGGGUAAAUGAUAAAGUGUAAUUUUCACAAGGGAAUCACAUCAUGUCAGUUAAAGAAUCAAGUAUGAUGACCCAGUUCUAGCAUGUUUCCAUUUUAACUCUGUGUCUCCCCCUACAUCCAUCAAGUGAUGCUGUGAUGAAGACCCAAAUGCUCUACUCACAAGAUUGCUCUCUCUCUAUCUAAAUGUUUUUCAAGUUCAAAACCCCAAACAGUGCUCCACCUUGUGGAGGUUUUUACUCUUGACAUUUUCACUUAGUCCCAUUUCACUCCAGAGACACUGAUAGAGCAUGGUGUUGCCUCAUCAUGGUGCAGCUACAUUAAUGCAUUUGUUAUGUGGUCGUCAUGACGCAAAUUAACAUCCUGGCUCUGUCAAGUUUUUUGUCUCGUGUUUUAUGCUUUUAUUGGCUGGCUGGGGUUUCAGAUAAUCUCAAAUGUUUUCUUUUCUUGCUGUUUUUAUUAUUUAAAUGUGCUUUUUUUUAAUCAUCCCUGAAGAUAACUAACACCAAAACGAAAAAAAGUAAGGUAUUAAGAUAAAUACUCUGCCUCAAUAGUCUGCCUACUAUUACAGGCUCUAUUUUUGUUUUUAAAGAACUUUAUGCAGAAAAUUUUGCAUAAUUAGAAAAAGAGAUAUGCAGGGUGUAACAUAUUAUUAGAAAUUUAAAUCUUGAUCAAUGUGAAAUAAAGUAUAUCUUAUAUUUUUAUUACAUAUUUUAUAAUUGUAUUCCAGAGAAUACAAAUUUACCUCCUCUAUAUGCACUAGAUUUAAAGUUUGUUGGAUUAAAGUAGGAUUGGUAGCGGCCAGCUGCAGUAACAAAGCCUUACAUUUUCAAGCUCAUUUAUUAACAUCAUAAAUUUGAAAAAAAAGGUGCAGAAGGAGACAAAAAAUUCACAUUGUCCUUCCAUGUCCUUGGUAGUGUCCAGCAGCAGCAGAUGGAGACGUCUACCACCAGAGUAUGGCUCCACCUCAGAGGAAGAGUUCGGCUCAAACCGGAAUCCUCCAAAACAUGGUGGACGCUCCCACAUGCGGCCUCAUCACCUCGUUCCACACCGCAGCCUGAGACUCAGCAACACUGCAAGCCCAGGUACCAGUGUGGCAACGGGUCCAGGAGGAGUGGGGGUCAAACAUCGCAUGAAAGAGCAGGAGGAAUACAUCAGAGACUGGACAGCACACAGCGAGGAGAUAGCCAGGUAUUGAAAUAUUCCUGUCUGUAAAAAACAAAUCUGUUCAUUCAUUUUUUUCUGUGACAUAUAUCAGAUUACAGCUUGAAUGUUGAAUGUUAUGCACGUUGCAUGUGUUCCUUUGUCCUAAAGAACUCCUUCAUCUGUCUGAUGGUUAACAGGUUAUUCCCAUGUGUGCGCAGGAUCAGCCAGGAUCUGGCUAAGGAUUUGGCUAUCUUGGCUCGCGAGAUACACGACGUAGCGGGCGAAAUCGACUCAGUCAGUUCAUCUGGUACUGCGCCCAGCACCACGGUCAGCACCGCCGCAACCACCCCGGGAUCUGCUAUAGACACCCGGGAAGAGGUAGGCCCUGCACGUCCCACGCAGCCGGAAAUACAGGAGAGCAUGAAAAAGGUGCCCGUUUUUCCUCUUCCACUUCUUUCAUGACUGCGUUUGUGCUUCCAUUGCGCCUUUGCCAUCUCUCCUGUGUUGAUUAAAAACAACUGGCCGCCUCUUUGUUGCUUCCAAUUUUGUAUCCGCUGCAAGAGAUAUUCCUUUUUUACACUCUAGUUUUUCCACUUUCAUUUUUUUUUUUUUGCCAUGAAAGGAUUUACAUAUUUCAGCACGAUUGGAUUAAAAUCUUAAUCCUUUUUGAACUCGAGCUUUCAUGCUAUCUCUCUGGCAGAGUUCCUAAUUACCUCCCUUUUCUCAAACCUUAACUAAGCUUCACUAACAAGCCUCAAUAAUACUGGAGAAAAUUCACUCAAAGUUCUGAAUUCUUCAACAUUUUUCUCUCUCUUUAACAUCUCCAUUAGUUGGUGGAUCGGGUUUUUGAUGAGAGUCUCAACUUCAGGAAGAUUCCACCUGUUAUUUCAACCAAUAAGGCGCCAGAGAUCAAUGGAAAACCAGCAGAGCUCCGCCCUCGUGCUCCUGAUACUCUGGAGCCCCGGGCUCUGAGAAGGCGCACCUGGAACCGAGAGGAUGUAAGAAGCAGCAGAAAAUACACAAUUAAAAUGCACCAAGAUAGAAAUGCUCACUCUCAGAUCUGCACAUCAAACUUCUUUUCUGUUCCUCUGUGUACUCAGGCCGUGUUAGACAGCCUUCUGCUCCACUCAGUUUCUCAGCUUUCUAGCAAGAUCAGGCACUCCAUCGACAAAACAGCAGGAAAAAUCCGGUAAUUAUGCCCAAAUCAUGCUAUAACUGUUCAUGAAUAUGUAACACUCAUCAGUAAGUUUGCUAUUGUGAUGUUUUGUGGCCAAAAUAAGUACGAAUUAACAUUUAACUAUUAUGUGCUACGUUCUUCUCAGGAUAUUAUUCAAAGAUAAGGACAGGAACUGGGAUGAAAUCGAAAGUAAACUGCGAUCAGAGAGUGAUGUACCUCUCCUGAAAACCUCUAACAAGGUCCACAACCUAUCUGUCAGAACACUGUCUGAUAUACGGUAAAGGAAAUGAUUAUUUGAAUCAAAAAGUUUUUUUCUUUCUGCAGGAGAUCUCUUCCAUUUUGAUCGAACUGAAGAGGGUUGAAAAGCAGCUUCAAGGUAAAAACACGUAUUCAUAAUAGUACUUUAAACAGAUGUGAACUCACACUGAUAACAAAACUAAAUAGUAUUUAGCAAGAUUCCAUAUAAAUGCAAACAUCAGUGAUUACAGAAAUAGAGAAUAUUAAGAAUGAGCAAAAAAAAAUUUUUUUUAUUGAUAUUCACUCUGAGGAAGAAGUUGCAAUGUUCAGGGAAAAAAAAGUAAAUUUUUGAGAAAAUAGUUGAAGUUCCUUUUUGAGAAAAAAGUAGAUCUUUGCUAAGUGGAGAUGCCAAAGUAAAGACGGAUUCCAGGUCAAAACUGCAUAUCCUUUUUUUAAUAUGAUGUAAAUAAUCUGUACAUUAUUGUUUUUAACAGAUUACAGUCCUAGAGGAUCUUCAUUUAGCAUAAAGAUGUUAAUAAAUCUGUAAACAUGUGGUAGUUACCACUGUAUCAGACACUUGAUAAGUAAUGAGUAAUGACUGAGGUUGUGUAUGUAACAAAUCACCACAGUGAGUUACACAGUUGAGGUGUAUGUUGUCACAGUCUGUGCUUUCCUCCCUCUUCUGAUAUAACUUCAGGUACUCUUAUUACACCUACUCUAUCUUUGUCAGCCAUCCCUGUUUGGUCAUGACCCAAACUGGGUUGCCAGCCAGUUUGUGUUUGGUUGCCAAUUGGCAGAGUGACAUGUUUGGGUGAAUUCAUUUUCCUGAUUAAAACUGAAGUGUUUACACAUCAACUGUGUGGGCGGCUGUCACUCGCAAUCACUCAAUAGGUUGAAGGGUCAACUGCUCAUCGAUAAAGGUAUUGUUUGGAGUUUAGAGCACAGUUCAUCAGAUAUUGAACUCUUGAACCGUUUAUCUGUUAAUGAAGACAUUCACUUUGACAACAGUUUCUAUGUUAAUGCUGUGUAACAUCAAUGGAGGUAAAAAUUCAUGUUUAAGUUUUAACCUGUUAAAAGUCCAACCUUCCUGGGGCCUCCAAAACCUAAGUCCAGUUAGAGAUGUAAUCCAAACACAGGGUAUCCAUGGAGAUCAGUAUUUUACUUCAUAUCUACAAAGGCCAUAUGCUCUUUCUCACCUUGUUUUUCAAAUUAACACGUGUGAUAGAAGUUCUUCUAAAAAAAAAGUGAUGCUCAGAAAUUUACAAAUAAUUGAUUCAUGGAUGUGACAUUUUCUUGAAAAGUGCAUUUUGUUUUUUUUAUUUUUUAACUUCAAUUGUGAUUUCUACUUGCUCUUGACAUUUUGAUAUUUUCUCUAAAUGCAUGAUAAAAAUAAAUAAAAAUCCUCUUCCACUUAUUUUUUCUCUACUCUAACCCUCUUCUGCAUACAGUAAAUCAUUAUUUUCAACGCCUUUAUGUCAAACAGGCAUCAUCGAUAUGUCCUAAUUCUCUCCCUGUUUUUGUCACAGUGAUCAAUGUGAUGGUGGACCCUGAUGGGACCCUGGAUGCUCUGGCCAGCCUUGGUUUGACCAGCCCUACCACUCCUACUAAGCCCCAAACCACCAGAACAACAACUUCCCUCUCUGCCACCAGCCCUGGGUCUGCGCCCCAAGCCAAAGAAUCACUCCCGGAGAUCCUACCUGGUCCUGGAGGAUCAACUGCCAACACAGAGACGACGGCACGGGAACCGAGUGUGGGUUUAGGGUUAGCAGGAGUUGGAGGGCUGCCCUUCAAUCGCAUGCGACCCAGCGGAGAAGAGGCCAUUGCACAGAAGUGAACAAGUUUCCCUGCAAGCAUUGCUUUGUGAAUAAUAACGACAGUCUCAAUUUGAGUGCAGCUGACAGAUGAUCCGUGUUUCACAGCAAUGAAGCAGGAAUAGAAUCUUUUGAACACUUGCCAUCCUAAUCAGUAAUUCAGUCCAGUAAUAUGAUUAUAGUGUAAAUUUAUGCCCAAGUAUUAUCAGGCUGAAGAUGAAGCGCUUCAAAAUAACUUGCGGACUCACAAUGUUGAACCCCAACUGAUGCAUCAUGCAUAUAUACCCCCUUAGAAACUUAGCCAAUUAACACAUUGACUGCCAUGGUUGGAGUUUCUCAACUUCAAAACUCUUCAUGCUAACUCGCUGACCUGACUACCUGAUGGACAGAAUAUUACCUGGCUGCUCUCUCAGUGGACAGAUACCUGCUUGUACAGUCUCCUUCAGUCUCUUUCUCUUGCCUUCUCCAUGUGUCUGGACCCUACUUAAUACCUAUUCGAAGGACAUGCCUUAAAACACACCCUCCACAGUAGCAGCUUCUCCUCCCCCCUAAAUGAUGUUCAACUUUAAUAAGACUUUUUAAUGAAGUUCCUUUCAGAAAAACAGAAUGCAUUGUAAAAUAACAAUCCCACUAGUCUAUUUACUCUAUUGUACAAUGUAAAACACCACAAUGAUUUAUAAGCCAGUAUUUCAGCAGCCUUAAGUAACAGACAUGCAUCGACAUCAUUUAUCAGAAGUUGGAGAAGUUUUUGAUACUCUAACUGCAACCGUCCACUAAAGCGUAGAGUGAAUCUGUUGAAAAUGAAAGUUUAGUGCCUCCGCCUUCCUCCCUUUAUGUUUAACCCUUUCCUUUUCUCUCUGUGGUGUCGCACACAGUGUUUAACUCCAGUAGCAUGUACAGGACGGGGCUGAGAGCUUUCUUCAUGAGAGCUGGUGUCUGUGUUGAUCAUACUAAUGCUAAGUCUUAGUUUUUUUUAAAUUUACAUUAGAGUAUCCUGGAAACCAAUGACCAUUUUCACUCAAGAUAACCACUUACCAAAGUUAACAACAUUAAUGAUGCUGUCAUUUUUUAACAGUUGAGCCAUGUGGAAAUUCAUUUGUGGUGCAAAAUCUUGACAUUUUGUAUCUCAAAUAUUAUAGUUUGUCUUCACAGUUUGCAGUUUUUCUGAAUGUUGGAAUCAUUCUUCUGUCAACAAAUCAGACUCAAGAGUUUUAUUUAUUAACGUGAAACACUAGUUUAAUUUCUGUUGCCAUGUCUUUUGUGGCCUGUGAAUAUUUGCUUUUAGCAGUACAUGUACUUAAGUGCCCUACUGUAUUGAUUUCCAAUUGGGUUUUUCCACUUUUGUCAGUCACAGGGGAUGAGACAUAUUUUUAAACUAGCAAUGAAUAUUGUAGAUACUGGUACUGUACAAACUGCAGACCUUUUCUUUUAAAGUUUUUAAUCACCUGACAUUGGAUUUAAUUUCCUUUUGGUUUUAUUUAACCGGUUUUAUCGUAAGUACACACGAAACCUGAGUGUGAAACAACUGCUGCUGUUGGUUUAAGUUAAUGUUUUGUUUAAAGAACACAUGAAAAUCUCUGUUUUUAAUUAGUGUAAAUGAAAACAACUUGGAAAAGGAAGUGCUCCUAACAUGGCUUCAUGCUUGUGUACAUACUUGAGUUGAAUUGUUCUUUUACCAUUGAUAAGAAGCUCCAGCAAACUGAAACAGUGAGAGAUUGUGGUUAACCUCUUCCUCAAUGACUUUGCUGCUUUUCUAGUUGCUUUAUGGAGACUAACCCUUUUCCAAGUCUCUCUCCAGCUAAUUUUCUGUGUUCUAGAGUAAGGCAGUAUAUUAGAAUAUAGAAAUGUUUGCAAUAGUGAGUUUAGGUACCAGAAUACAUGUUCAUUUCCUUCUCUCUAUACUGUACUGCAAAUGUAUUUCAAUGCCUCAAAGUGCCCAUUUCAACUGUAAAAGGGCAUUGAUGAAAAGAAAAUAUGUAAGAACAGAUUUCUUAUUUUGCACAUCAGGUUGUGGUGUUUUUUCAUACAGAGGAAGUGAAAAAGUGAAAGGCUGCAUCAAAUGUCAAAUAGCUUGAUGAAGAAGAACAUCACUCUGCCUGAUAUCAGAAGUGACUGCCUUGCCUCUCUGGAACUUUUCUGUCUGUACAAAUGAAGCCUCUAAUUGUGUUUUCCCCUCCUCCCUGUUUUGUCAAAAAAGUGAAGUUAGGGGACUGUGAAUGCUAGGUACAUGUUUAUUUUUGAAAUUCUAUGUGUCAUCUGAUCAGUGUUCUUUGUUUUUUUGUUAUUUUUGUAAAAAAAGAAAGAAAAAAACACCAUUUUAUUUAUUUUUUUGUUUAAUAUUUUGUGGAUGUUUCAUGUAUUUUAUAUUUGUUCCACAGCCUGCAUUGUUUCUUACUGAUAUUAAAAGAGAGUCAUUCACUUGUGUUUAUAUUCA